CAGGUUUGUUCCUCUUUCUUUUUGUUGUGCUGCAAGCAGCUAGAAAUGCAGCAAAAUUAAAAAAGACCCAGAGCUGGUUUAGGAGGGCAAUCAUUAGUGUGAACUGCAGCGGAGGAGCUGGGGACUUAGGCAAGCAAAACGUUUCAUCCAUUAGAAGAUGUCCAUGCUGAAUGCACGUUCCAUCCUGGUGACUGGGUCCAACCGGGGCAUAGGCUUAGAACUGGUCAAGCAGCUGGUGGAGAAAAGCAACAGGCCAGAAUGGAUCUUUGCCACUUGUCGGGACCCAGAGGGACCAAGUGCUCAGGCCUUGAAGAAUUUGGCUGCCAAGCAUGAGGGAGUGGUUAUCAACCCACUAGACACUUGUGAGCCUAACAGCAUCAAAGCUGCUGCAGCCAGAGUCACCGAGUGUCUGAAAGGAGCCGGGCUGAAUCUUCUGAUAAACAAUGCUGGGAUUGUAAGGCUAGCUUCUAUGGAAUAUGAAACACCAGAGAAUAUGUCUGAGGUGUAUAGGACCAAUGUGAUUGGGCCCAUGAUGAUGACUCAGGCAUUCCUGCCGUUGCUGAGGAAGGCAUCUCGGGAAAGCCCCCAGAAAGGAAUGAGCUGCAGCAAAGCUGCCAUUGUCAACAUGUCCAGCGAAAGUGGUUCCAUUACAAAUCUUCUUGGAUGGGAAAUGGGACAUGGCAUCAACUAUCGCUGCAGCAAGGCUGCUCUGAACAUGCUCACACGGUGCCAGUCCCUGGGAUUUGCUGAAGACGAGAUCCUGUGUGUUGCGCUGCAUCCUGGGUGGUUACAGACAGACAUGGGAAACUCAGGAGGUACACCAGCCCUAAUGAAAGUGGAUGAGGGUGUGAAAGAGAUCCUAAACACCCUUGCAUGUCUCUCAGAGAAAUGCAAUGGCACUCUUGUAAACAUCGAUGGGGAAACCCUUCCCUGGUGAAAGCACAAUGUUAUUGUCCUCACUGCAAUGGGAACCCAGCACCAUGGGCAAUCCAAAUACCUGAAUAGACAAACUUCAAUUUCAAUAAAUGCAACAAGUUCUGCUGAAAAUAUUAGAACUUCCUUCUAGCUGCUCUGUGUGCCAGAAAUUCCUUCUGGUUGCUUUAUAUGACCUGGCCUGUCUGUUAAUUGUUUUUGUCUUGUGUCACUAUUGUGCCUUCUCACAAACAUAGUCUCUGAGUGAUACAUAAUGUAAGGGUCUUCUCAAUCCUGAAAAAAAUGCAAAAGGGAAAAAACUUGUUCUCAAAAGUGCUAGCUAAGCAGAUUUCUUACAGGUCAAUGUGUGUUGGAACACUGGUUCCUUUUUCUGGGGAGAUCUACACAUAAUUAAAAAUAUAAGUUUAAUGCUGAUCUAUGAACAAAAUUACGCACAACACUAAUUAGAAUAGUGAAACGUAACUAAUCUGAGUUACCAACUGAAAUUAGGCAAAUGCCACAUGUUUUGAUAUUUAGAUAGCUAUUGUUUUAUUGCUUUUAAAGAAGGCUUUUAAAGACCUAGUCAUUUCAUGGAAUAACAACUGUAUAAUCAUAGAAAUAGUUUGAAUGUGUUCAGUUACUGAGUUUGUAAUCUUUCAUAUUUUAUAUUUGAUUUUAUUCUACACUGCUUUGAGAAGUUUUGAUUGUGAAGCAGUUUAUAAACCUGCAAGUAAAUAAAAUAUGAUUAGUUAUAUUUA